CGAUAUUUCGUUUUUUUUAAUUAUAAAAAGCAUUGAAAAAAAAAAUACGAAAAUAGAACAACACACACAAGGCUGAUGUGUGCGUGUGUCUACGCAAGCGUCAUGGGCGUUUGUUAAUGGGUUACCUGAAGCAUACAAUAUUUGUAACUUCCCGAAUUUCUCUGCCCUCAGGUGGACGCGUGCGAUUCUGUUCUAGCUAUUCUAGCAUUCGUUUUACUGACCGGGACCAUGACAGCUUUCACGGACUUGAAGAUAACUUAGCGUAUCGGAGCAGUCAUAUGCUUUGAUUCAAGAUGGAUCCCAAUCACGGGGAUUCCGAUCCCCUCCACGGAGAGGCCAGGGAUUUCCCCACAUCCCUUACAGAUCACUUCCAGGAGGAUAUACUAAGUGAACUUGGUCUGUAUCAUGUAUUUAACGAGGAUGAAGAACUGGAUCUGUACAGCUCACUUUCAAGUAUGGAUCUAAGUCAACCCCCUAGCUCUCUCUUGGCUCACGGGGCUAGUGGAAAUGACCAUGGGUCUAGCCAAGGCUUCAACAGGGCUGACCCUGACCCCAGCAACCAAGUCAGAAAGUAUAGCACGGGGCCAUCAGCCAGACUUGCCCCAGUGGUUCCUCUAGACCCUGCCUGGCCCCCUCUACCCCCUGCAGUGCCCCCCAGGAGAAAGCCUCUUCUGAGCAAUGCCCAGAAGAGAUUCUCCUGUAACCUGACGAUGCCCUCCGCCAGACUGAACCGCUCCAACACAGCCGUGGACCAUGACGUCUGGAGCAUCAAACUCAUCGACACGCCACAAGGCAGCACCGAACAGCUGGCCUCGCUCUGCACGUCAACAUCCAAGUUGAUGUCCAGGUAUCCGCACUCAGACAGCUGGUCAAACGCGGGCCUGGUGUGGGGCCGUGUGUUAUCCAUCCACCCCUCCCUGCUCCAGAAGGCCCAGGUGACGGUCAGCGUGGCUACCUCCUGGGCCGCACACCAGAUACCCUUCUGUACCACAUUGAACCGUACGGUGCAGAACCUGAUCGAUGAGAUCUUCUUGCUCAUGGACACUUCCACCAGCAGCAGUGGGCAGUACGUCCUCAAGCUCUGUGACUCUGAGGAGUACCUCCACAAUGAGGAGCUCCUGGGCGCUCACGAGAGCUUCCUGGCCUACUGCAAGUCUGGGUCGGAGGUCUCACUCCGCCUGCUCCACGAGAACACCCUGGAGCACCUUCUGGCCAGAGACGCUAGGGAUGACAGUGCCCAAUGUCACCUGUACCAUCUGCUGGGCUCUGCUUGUGUCUUCAACACGUCCAGGUUAAGCCUUCAGGAGAAACUGAACUGCUACACCAGGGAGGUGAACCUGAUGCUGAAGAACAAGAGUGGAACCAACAUCAGCAUGCUGGUAGACGAGGUCCGCACCAUCAUCAACCUGCUGUGUGGCAUCUCCGCUGUGGAGGUGGAGGAGGCCAUAGGAAGGCUCAGCCGGAUCAAGCCCAUGGCUCUGAGCUUUGAGGAAAUGACUGAAUGUGAAACUGCCUCCGUCGCGCUCCACCUGGCUCUGGGGAAGCUGCUUCAAGUCUUCUUUGAGAACUUCCACUCAGACUUCCAGGUCCAGGAUGUCCACCGCCAGAUCCUGCCUGUGCAGAACGUCGAGCACAAUGCUGACAUCCUGCAGAUCAACAUGGCCGCUCUUUACAAGCUGCAGCCCAACUGGAUCCACAGUUUUGAUUACUUCUCUGUGUCCUGCGAGCUGACGGUCGGGGGGAAGAGGAUCUGUGACAAAGGAAUCUCAGAAAACAUCAGCACCGCCUUGUCGCUUGGCAACAAGAUCCAAUUCAACCGCAUGAUGGUUUUCCCCAUGCAGAUUUCCCAGCUGCCCUAUGAGUCCAUGUUGACGUUUCAUCUCUUGGCGUCCAAGCAUGGAAAAAACCCUGAGCUGUUACUGUGGGCCGUCCAGCCUCUGUACAGCCACAGAACUCUGGUCAGUGGAACUGUGCUGCUGAGUAUGUCUAUGCUUCUGGAGCUGAGCGACCCUCCCUGCCCCGCCCUGUCGGACGGCCACAGGCAGCCCACUGGGGUCAUACUGCAGCUGGAGUUCCCGGAGAGAAAUGAAUGGAAUUAUAAGAGACCGGUUUCCCUCCCAGACUCUCCCACCACCAUUCUGCCAUGUGAAGAACUGAGCAGGAAGAUCUCUGAGGUCUCUCAGAAACACUGCAUCUGCUUUCUUUCCGAGAACGAGAAAGCCUUCCUCUGGAGCAAAAGGCACAGCUGCGACAACAGGAGCACCUUCCUUCACCUGGUUUUGAGUGGCGCCCCCAGCUGGCAGCCCAAAGACCUGACAGAAAUCUACACCGUUGUGGAUCACUGGCCCCUACAGAACCCUGAGGAAGCUCUCUUCCUUCUCACAGACAGUUUCCCAGACCAGAAGGUGCGCAGCUCAGCGGUGAAGUUCUUUGAGAAGACCUCUGAUGGAGAGCUGGAGGACUACCUGCCUCAGCUCGUCCAGGCGGUGAAGGGGGAGUGGGAUCUGGACGGGCCUCUGGUCAUGCUGCUGCUGGAACGCUCUCUGAGGAGCCUGAGGAUUGCUCAACAGUUUUACUGGUUGUUGCUGGACGCCCAGGACGAUGCCCACUACCAGAGCUGGUUCAGCAAGGUGCAGGCCGCUCUCAGGCACAGCUGUGGAUGGGCGCUGAGGCAGGAGCUGGAUCUGGAGCAGCGUCUGGUCACGCUGCUCUCACAGGUGGCGGAGCGCGUCCGCAUCGCAGAGAAGGCCCGCAGGAAGGACCUUCUGAAGAGAGAGAGGUGGAAGAUCAACGAGUUUUUCCGUAACAGCGUCACGUGUCGCCUGCCGCUGGCCCCUGCGGUCCUGGUGAAAGGGGUGGAGGUGGAUGAAUGUAAGUUCUUCAACUCCAACGCCGCUCCUCUCGGGAUCUCCUUCAUCAACACGGACCCUCUGGGGAAGAACAUCAGUGUGAUCUGCAAGACAGGGGAUAACCUGCGUCAGGACAUGCUGGUGCUUCAGAUAGUGCGUGUGAUGGACCGGGUGUGGCUGCAGGCUGGGCUGGACAUGAGGAUGGUCACCUAUAGAUGCCUGUCCACAGGCAGAGACCAGGGGCUGGUGGAGGUGGUGCCGGAGGCGGUGACCCUGGGGAAGAUCCAGCAGGAGUGGGGUCUGAGCGGGGCUCUGAGAGAGGACACCCUGGAGAAGUGGUUCCACAUGUGGAACAAGACUGAGGAGGACUACGAGGAGGCGGUGAUGAACUUCCUCCACUCGUGUGCAGGCUGGUGCGUGGCCACCUUCAUCCUGGGCAUCUGUGACCGCCACAACGACAACAUCAUGAUCAAGCACAGCGGCCACAUGUUCCACAUCGACUUUGGCAAGAUCAUGGGGAACGCUCAGAUGUUCGGCAACAUCAAAAGGGACCGAACUCCUUUCAUCUUCACAUCGGAGAUGCAGCACUUCAUCACCGGCGGGGGGCAGAAGCCCCAGCGGUUCCACCGCUUUGUGGAGCUGUGCUGCGAGGCGUACAACGGCAUCAGACGGCGCUCCGCCCUGGUGCUCAGCCUGCUGCAGCUGAUGCUGGGCGCAGGCAUGCCGGAGAUGAAUGAUAUUGUGGACCUGAAAUACGUUCUGAAUAACUUACGACCGCAAGACUCUGACUUGGAAGCUACUUCUUACUUUACCAAGAAGAUCAAACAGAGCAUGGGCAGUCUCCCGGUCAAACUCAACUUUCUGAUUCACAACAUGGUCCAACUGCCCGGGGGCAAAAAGCCAUCGCCGCACGCGCAAGGCUCCGCCUCCAACACUAACAUCCAGGAAGUGAUCAUCCAGAAGCACAGCGUCAAGGGCCGAGAGGUGUUGUACGAGCUGAAGGUGACCAUCGAGGACGGCUAUCUGUUCAGUGAGAAGACGUUUGGCCAGUUUGAACUCCUCCACAAACAGCUUCAGAAACACUUCAUCGAGUCCACCCUCCCUCAGUUCCCCAGCUGGUAUAAGAUGUCCUUUACUCCGGCCAGGAAAAUGAAUCUGCUCAACAAGUACCUAAAGGAGCUAUUUGAGGGGCCUUGCAAAGGAAAUGAGUUUGUGUGCAGCUUGUUCCUGGAUGGCCCUAAGAUAGUGCCUCCAGCUGUCUCACUGAAAGACUCCAGGCCUCAGAUCCAGCUGUUCAUGUCCUACAGAGACCUCAAACUCUCCGUUCUGAUCAAACACCUGAAGAACAUUAGGCUAGCCAACGGCUCGUGUCCGGAUGCUUACGUGGUCACGUUCCUGAGGCCCGACCCCCACAACCGCUCCAAGAGGAAGACCAAGGUGGCCCGCAACAACGACAACCCUACUUUCAAUGAACUGGUGGAGUACAGCCACGUGCUCUCGCUGUAUAACCGUGUCUUGGAGGUCACUGUGAAGAGCAAGAAGAGGUUUGUGGUCGCGGCCAACAUCCAACUGGAGGAAAGGAUGAUGGACAAAGAGGAGUGGUUCCCCUUGGGAAACUGUCCCAACUGACACCUGGGGCUGCACUGGAGAAACUCCUCCACUAGAGGGCGACGCUAUCCUGAAAAUUCCACUUUGGGGCUGAGAAGAAUGGACCUUCUGCACUUGACUGCAGGUCUGUGCUGUUUUAAAUACAGAGUGCAUUGUACGUACUAAUGUCUUUGCUGUGCACAAUGGAUAUAUAGGACCAGUAUGCACAGCUAACUGGAUAUGACUGCGUGUCUUCACACUCCAGUACUGGGAUGCACAUGAACUGUUACAUCAUUGAUCUAGACUAGGGAAAGACUCUUUUGAAGAAGACUUUCAUUUCUCCCAAAUGAAGAAAAAAAAAUUUAAAUUUAGUUUGGAGAUUAAUAUACAAUUAAAACGGCCUUUAAUUAAGGAAAAACAUAAAUUUAUUGUUUUUAAUAAUGAACUGUAUUUGUUUCUUAUACUUUGUUGUAGAAUUUGAGUAUGCUAUGGUAUAGUAAAAUGCCAGCUGUGUUCUGCUAUAGUGUGUCAAACAUCCCUGUCCCUCGGAAUGUAAAGGUGUCAUAGAUGCCAUGCAGAGGAAACACACUCGACUCACCUGUCUGUCCUGAGGGCAGAGGGGGUAGGAGGCCGUCAGGCGAGGGAGGGAAGGGAUCUGCCUGGAAGCUUGAUGUCACCUCAAGGCCUUCUCGAGCCCCAAGGCUUCUUUUAACUUCUCACCCCCCAAAAUCUUCUACCACAAGACCCAUCUCUCAAGCCUGGCCUUCUAGCCUUCCAUCAUUUACCUAAACCCAGGUAUCUUCAUGUAAUCCUAAUGGGAGGGCUCCAAGCAGGCUUCUGAAACUUGUCUCUAAACCUUCAUGAAGUCUCAGAUUCAAAUGAGAUGGUAGUGUACUGUAUCUGGUUCAAUAAUGUAUACACCUCUGAAAUGCUAUUUAUUUUACCUCUGAGCAUUUGAAGGAGGUCUUAAACCCUUGUGGCUGCUGCUUUUUUAAAUGUCAUAAAAGGUUGUGGUUUUCAUGGUUCUAGAAUUCCUAUAAAAUAAUAUGCUUCUUGUAUGCCAAUCCAAUCAAUAACUACCUUGUUUUGUUUUAUAAAGAGACCUGUCUGAACUUGUUUAUGGCUUAUCACUGAGCAGGUGGUGCUAAUAUUGUCCUGUCUUGAGACUGUGCUGAAGUAAGCCUGAGGCCUUCCUCUUCCAUCACACAGGAAAUAUAUUGUAGUAAAAAGAAAUAUGUAAAAUAUAUUUUCUGAAGAUAA